GCCUAUUUUAGCUCAACUCGUACCCGGUACCCUACGGCCCUUUCACUGGGGAAAAAGGAAAGGAAAAAGAAAAGAAAAGACGCAUUACUUUUGAGCCAUCCAUAGCUCCCUUCUCUCUUUCGCCCCUCUCACUAUCACAUCACCUCUUCUCUCUCUAACCCCAUGGUGUCAUUUCCACGAAGAACAAUCACGGCCGGCUGCCGAUGAUCGGUUUCUUCUUGAUCUGUUAGAAGAUUCUGGUUUAAUUGGUAACGGCGGUGAAUGACUUGCUGAGGUUAUAUAUACAGAUAUAGCUAGAAAAAACCUCUACGAAAUGGCUUCAGUAGGUAUAGCACCUGCUUCUGCUGCAAGAGGACCCAGUGGGCAUGCUGUUGGUGUUGAUAGGUUGCCUGAGGAGAUGAAUGACAUGAAAAUCAGGGAUGAUAAGGACAUCGAAGCAACUGUUGUUGAUGGUAAUGGUACUGAGACAGGUCAUAUAAUAGUGACAACUAUUGGUGGUCGAAAUGGUCAGCCAAAACAGACUAUAAGCUAUAUGGCUGAACGUAUUGUUGGACAUGGAUCCUUUGGGGUAGUGUUCCAGGCAAAAUGCUUAGAGACUGGUGAAACAGUUGCUAUAAAAAAGGUUCUUCAGGAUAAAAGAUACAAGAAUCGAGAGUUACAGACGAUGCGCCUUCUUGACCACCCAAAUGUUGUAUCUUUGAAGCAUUGCUUCUUUUCCACAACUGAUAAAGAUGAACUUUAUCUUAAUCUGGUUCUUGAGUAUGUCCCAGAAACGGUUCACCGUGUUAUAAAGCACUAUAGCAAAUUGAAUCAAAGAAUCCCAUUGAUAUUCGUGAAGCUUUAUACAUAUCAGAUUUUCAGGGCGCUGUCGUACAUUCAUCGCAGUAUUGGAGUGUGUCACAGAGAUAUUAAGCCUCAAAAUCUUUUGGUGAAUCCACAUACUCACCAAGUUAAAUUAUGCGACUUCGGAAGUGCAAAAGUUCUGGUUAAAGGAGAACCCAAUAUUUCUUACAUCUGCUCUAGGUAUUACCGAGCUCCUGAGCUUAUUUUUGGAGCAACAGAGUACACUACCGCCAUUGAUGUGUGGUCUGCUGGCUGUGUCUUGGCCGAGCUACUUAUUAGCCAGCCCUUGUUUCCUGGUGAAAGCGGAGUUGAUCAACUUGUUGAGAUCAUCAAGGUGUUGGGUACUCCUACCAGGGAAGAAAUUAAAUGCAUGAACCCCAACUACACGGAGUUUAAAUUCCCACAAAUUAAAGCUCAUCCGUGGCACAAGAUAUUUCCAAAACGUAUGCCACCAGAAGCAGUUGACCUUGUUUCAAGACUGCUGCAAUACUCUCCUAACUUGCGCUGUUCUGCUCUGGAUGCAUUGACCCACCCAUUUUUUGAUGAGCUACGUGAUCCCAAUAUUCGACUUCCGAAUGGACGUUUUCUUCCACCAAUAUUCAACUUCAAGCCUCAAGAGUUGAAGGGUGUGCCAAUGGAGACUAUAGUGAAAUUGAUUCCAGAGCAUGCCCGAAAGCAAUGCCCCUUCCUGGGAUUGUAAGUGCUUCCCCAGUUAUGACAACAAUCUCUAUCCUCCCUCUCUAUUCAAAUGUUUGUAUUAAUGUUGUAUCCCUCGGCCCCUGUUGUACCUUAUUAUUAGUACUACUAUUGUUAUGUAUCCUCGUUUUUGUAAAAGCAGAUAUAGAGAAGCGCUCUUGUACAAUGUAAUGCAUUGCUCGGUAUGAAAUACUAGUAAACUUCAUGUGGGAGUAAGAGGAUUUAUAUGAUCUGAAUGGGAUAUUUGAUAAGGAGACUUAUAGGAGCUUGGUUCAAUCACCGAAGUUAGUCUUUACUAUGCUAACUUUUUGAGUUGUUA